AUGGAGAGAAAGUACCCAUCUAAAGAGAGCCCCAGAAGGCUAUUAACCAAACUGGGCAAUGUGAUGGACAUGAAGAGAUUGACGCAUCAGUUCAGCAUGGCAGCAGCUGAAUCUGACAAAGAAUCUGGAUUCUCAGAUGGAAGUUCAGAGGUCUUGGGUUCUGUGGAGCUGACCAGCUCAGAGAAUACGCUGAAUGCAUUGGGUUGGAACACAGAGGAUGGGCCCAGGCAGUACUCACUGGCCACAAGCAAUUCCUUCCCAACACUUUCUCCUGUGGUCAUAAUGAAAAAUGUACUGGUCAAACAGGGAGACAGUUCAUCGCAGCUUCAGUCUUGGACUGUUCAGCCAUCUUUUGAAGUGAUUCCAGGUCAACCACAGCUAGUGUUUCUUCAUCCAGCCAUCUCCCCUCCCAUUAACCCUCACCUUUUUGGUGAAAAGAGAAGUGACUCUACUAAUUACCUGCCCAUCCUGAACUCAUACACAAAGACAGUACCACAUCCCAGCAAAAGAGAUCGUGGCUGGGAUUUGGAGGAAAGAGGGAGAACCAGUGGACAGAAAUGGCUUUGCACAGAUACUGCUAUGUCCAAUAAGACUAGUUUAUUGCCCUCUAGUGCUUGCCCCCAAGUAUCACCUGACUUUAAGCCUGCUCAGGACUCGACUCAGCAGAGUUCUCCAGCUUUGAUGGCAGAUGGAAAAAUGUCAACUAUUUAUGUCUUUCAGUAUAUUUCUACUGCCAAACAAAAGGCCCCAGGUUUGAUUCCCUUUCCCCCUACUGGACUCCUCCAGAUAUCAGACCGCAAAUCUCCUGAGAUGGAGAAUCCAGUACAUCAUAUGGUGCAAUUAGCAACCUGCAGCCCACCUUUAGCAGCAGAAGAACUUUAUACUACUCCUGAGCUAUUGUUGCAGCAGCAACGCAAGCGCAAGUGCUUUCAGAAUACCUUUGUUGUGCUGCACAGGUCUGGAUUGCUGGAGAUCACCUUGAAAACCAAGGAGCUGAUUCAUCAGAACCAGGUAACCCAGAUUGAACUGGACCGACUGAAGCAGCAAACACAAUUGUUCAUGGAGGCAAUAAAGAGCAAUGCUCCUCAGGCCUGGGCAGAGCUAGGGGCAUCCUUAACAGGGUCAGAUAAAGCUGACAGCAGCCUUGAGGCUUCUCCUACAUAUCCCAACAUGUAG